AUGAUGAUAUCUGGAAAUUCGCUUGUUGCAGCGCCGUCAGGCGUUAAUCUCUCUAACCCCGAUCAAAGCCGAUCGGUCGGUGGAGAUGUCCUUGCCGAGCAUGAAUCCUUUGGACCGACCCCUCUCCAAGUCGCAAUUGCUCAACAUCGUACUGGAAUCGUGACUGCUACAGUUGCUGGACAUUUCGCCCAUUGGCAAUACCUUACUCGAUCUCAGCGAAUUAACGUCCAAGCUGCUGCAAAUCGAAUUCCUCUUGCACGACUCGGUUUAGCCUGGGGUCUUGUUUACCUCGGCGUGUUGAGUACUAUUACCAUUGCUCAGCGUAAAGUCGCAAGAAGUUCGGACCCUCUUCUCUCGCCUCUGAAGCCAUAA